AUGCAGAGCAGCAAUCGUAACUUCACCUUUCUCUUCCGCAUAUCUCUUCUUCUCUUUUCCCUUCUCAUUCUCUGCACAUCUAUUACAAUUGCAGAUGAAGUGGAGGAUGAAAGUGAAUUUAGUUACAUAGAAGGAAGUGAGACAGGGCCUGAGAAAUGGGGUACGAUAAAAGCAGAGUGGAAGACUUGUGGUAAAGGGAAACGGCAGUCUCCAAUCGAUCUUCGGAAUCGGAGGGUUUCUAUAUUUCCUGAUUUUGGACAAUUGAAGAGGAAGUAUAGACCAGCUCAUGCUGUGCUGAAAAACAGAGGCCAUGAUGUUGCAGUGGAAUGGAAAGGAAAUGCAGGAAAAAUUAAACUGCAUGGGGUCCAUUUCAAACUGGAGCAGCUCCAUUGGCAUACACCUUCAGAGCAUACAGUCAAUGGAACAAGCUUUCAAAUGGAACUACAUUUGGUACAUAAAAGCGCUCGCGGGAAGAUUGCUGUUAUUGGAAAGACCUUCAAACUUGGACCACCCGAUCCUUUUCUUGCAAAGAUGAUUGAUCACGUAACUGGUAUACCAGCUGGGGAAGAAAAAGAUAUCGGGAUUGUUGAUGCCAACGAUAUCAAGCAUUGGGGCAGAAAGUACUACAGAUAUAUAGGUUCUCUUACAACGCCCCCUUGCACAGAGGGUGUUAUAUGGACAAUAAGCAAGAAGGUUAACACAGUCUCAAAGGAGCAGGUGGAAAGCUUAAGGAGGGUGGUUCAUGAUGGACAUGAAGGAAAUGCAAGGCCAGCCCAGAGACUGAAUGGAAGACCAGUUUGGUUGUAUAUUCCAUUUCAAAUGGGACGUCCAUCAAAUUGAAGAUGAGAGGAAGAAUAAUGGGGGUAGGAAGGCCAGGCUAGGCUUGUCUUGGCCCUUGGGGAAUUGGAUUCAAUCCUUAUCCUAUUGAUUUAAGCACAGUCACUGCCGAGUAUCAUGUUUCAUAGUUUUAGACUUUUAGUUUUAAAAAUCUAAAAAUUACUUUUCUAAUAAUACAACUACUUUUCUG